UACAGGCAACAUGGCGGACGAAGAAAAUUCGCCUGAACUUAACCCUGAAAAAAUAACUCCAGAACAAAAUGACGUGCACGCAGACAGGGCAAAACCAACAACUAAGAUGAGUCUGUUACAAUGGAUGGAAAUAACAGUAUCGGAACCAGAAAAAAGAACCAACGCUUCUAUGAAAAUGCAAGACACAUAUAUAGUUUAUUUAAUUGAAACAAGAGUAACUGAUGAAAAUAUGAAAGGAUAUAGUGAUGGAGCAACAUCUUUAUGGAGGAGAUACAGUGAAUUUGAACUACUAAAGAAUUACUUGGAGACAACUUAUCCUACUAUUAUUAUUCCACCUUUACCAGAGAAAAAAGCCACAUACACCUGGCAGAAUGCACCUACUGAUAAAUUUGAUCCGGAAUUUAUAGAAAGACGUAGAGCAGCAUUAGAGGUAUUUUUAUUAAGAAUAGCUUCACAUACUAUAUUGUCCACGGAUAAAAUUUUCAUGGGUUUUAUGCAACAGGAUAGUGGUUGGAAAGAUGCUGUAUAUAGUACAGAUUUUCAGAGCAAGGCUGAAUCCAAAUUAAAAGCGAUAAGUGCUUCAUUUCGUCUUAGAAAACCAGACAGACGAUUUGAAGAGGUUAAAAAUUAUGCCAAUGAACUUCAAACUAACAUUUCAAACAUUCUGAAAUAUAGAGCCAGAAUGGCUGAUAAAUUAUAUGCUAUACAUAAAGUUCAUGGUAAUUAUGCUCGUGUUUUUGGUGAGUGGAGUUGUAUAGAAAAAGACAUGUCUGAACCAUUACAGAGCGCUGGCCAUUAUAUGGAUGUGUUAGCUUCAUCCAUUGAUCCUAUGUUAGAGGAAGAAGAACAUUUUGCUGAUCAACUUAAAGAAUAUUUAGCCUUUUCAGAUUCUUUACGGUCUGUGUGUCGAAAGUAUGAAUGUGUACAAUAUGAUUUAGAAAGGGCCGAUGAUAAUUUGUCUGCUAAAGCCAAAGAACGAGAUUUACUGGUUCAAGGGAAGUCACCAGGAACGUUUUCUUUAUCUGGUGUAAAGUCAAAGUUAUUUGGUAGUGAUACUCCCGAGCAAAGAGAGUUAAAAAUAAAACAGUUAGAAGAACAAAUAAAACAAGCUGAGAUUGAAUUAAAACAGGCAACACAAGAAACACAAUUACAUGUUCAAAGUGCCCUGAAGGAUAUAGAGAGAUUUAAACGACAGAAAACAAAAGAUUUACAAGAGAUAUUCACCAAUUAUGCCAUUAUGCAAAUUAAGCAGUGUAAAAAGGGAAUUGCUAUAUGGACAAGUGCAAAAGAUUGUUUUGUAAAGAUGUGAGAGAUAGAAUAAAGAUUAUCUUCCUUUACCACCAUUACAACUGUUAUAGUUUAACUAUUAUCAAGAUUGUCUCUUGAUUUACGCUAAGUGACCUCUCUUCUAUCCUAUUUUUAUAUUCGACACAAAUUGAAUAUUAUGGUUUAAUAUAAGAUGUGUAUUAUGAGAAAACAAACCACUCUUUUUUACUGUUUUACACUUACACACAAAAUACACUGGUUAAUUUAUGAUCAAGCAUAAUUAUUAUUAUAAUAGCUUUGUGUAAAAGCAAGAUUCUUUGAAUGAUAUGAUUCAUUGAUAAAGCUAUAGUAAAUGUACAUCCAGUGAUGAAUUGUUGGUAUGUGAGUUAUUCGCGUUUAAAUCAGCUCUGGUCUUUCUCACCCUUAAAAAAAAACCACCAAAAAUCUUUCAUGGAUCAAAAAAAAUAUACUGGUACUAAACUCUGAAUCUGAAGCUGCUGAACCAUACAUGCAAAUGAACCUGGCCAUCUGUGGAAAUUGUAAUUGGUUAUGAGGUAAUAAAUCAUAUAUCUGUUAAUAUUAUUUACUGACUAGUAUAUUUAAUAUACAGGAUUAUUUGACUAUGUGAGUAAGAUUGUGAUUUAAAGCUAAUAAUACAUGUAAAUUAGCGUUCAUAAAAUCAAAUCAUAAUGACGUUUGUGUAAUUGAUUUUAUAAGAUUUUGAUUUUUAUGCAUAUACCUCCCAGUAUAUAUAAGUAUGCCACUGAUAAAUGGUAACAACUAUUAUCAACUCAAUAACUACUACCACACUUGAUGGCAAUUAUGACAAUUUCAUUGGUCUACAAGGUUAGCUGGACCAAUCAUCACAUUAGUCAAUACAGCUUCUGGUGUUUCUAUGUGUAUUAAAUCUAUAAUUAUUCUAUGGCCGCAGCAUGUAGUAUAUUAUAAUCUGUUUGAUAAUCACAGAGAAAUUGUGAUUUGAAAGCUCUGUCAGUUCAAAUAUACAUGUUUUCAUGUUUAGCCUAAAUCAGAUCAACCUAAGAAACGACUAGAUAACUUAUCAGAGACACCAAUUGUAAGUGUAGUAGUGGUUGAUAAGCUGAUAAUGUUUGUAAUCAUUGCUUAAGGAAUAUGCCUACUAACAAACUCUUGCGUAGUGCUAAUUCCACACUUAAAGUAUGUUAUAUGCAUAUACUGAUAAGCUUAUUUAUAAACAUACUUUGAGUCUAGAUUAUUGUUAUUAAUCCUCUACUAAUCUUUGAUUAAAAUAUGAUGUGGAGAUUUAUGUUAAAAACAUUAAAUACUGUAUUUUGUUAUAAAUUAUUAUGUUUAUUUAUUUUGUUGUGGAAUACAAUAGCAGAAGUCACAUCUGCUGAUGUAAAACUAUUUAUAGAACUGUUUGGGUGUUUAUUGAAUUAGUAAUGAUAUUAUGUUAUUUGUUUUGAUUAGAAUAGCUCAUUGUGUAAAGUCAAGGCUAGAACUGGAGUAUUGCUUCUCAUUUCGAUCAUAUUGAAUCUGUUAUCACUAAAUUGUUAAGUUGAAAAUUUUGACAGGUUAUGCCUAUACCCCUACCAAGGUGUCUCAUUUUAAUUAUAUUUACCAGUCUUCACUCUUGAAAGUUAAAAUUUGCAUCACUUUUGGCUCUCAGUAAAUUUAUUUGCCAAAAAGUUUAAAUAUUUGUAAUGCCAAAAUAACGGGUUAGUUAUAGGUUAUUCAAUGACUGUAUUCAAUGGCUUUAUUCAAUGAUAUUUGCUUGUAUUUGCAUGUAGUUAUAGAAUAAAUUAAAAUAAAAGCCAUAUUAAUGAAUGAAGCAGGGCGUUGUAAAGAGACGUUGAAAUAUAAAGUUAUGAUUAUUUCUUUUGUUGGGAUUAUUAGUUGAUCAUUUAUUUUAAUAAUUUUGUAAAAAAAUCCAAUAUUUUAAAAAAAAGAAGGAUGUUAUGGACAUGGAAUGGUAUUUUGAGCAUUAGAAUGUUAUCUUAGGUGAAAAUAUCUCAAAUACUUUUUAAAACAUUGCUUAAUGGGUGUAUUUUGAAAUUAAUGAAGUUUGGACAAGGAAUACUUAUUUUAGUCAAAUUUGAUUCGGGGCUGCAAUUAUGACACUGAACUUUUCGGCUAGAAUAUCCUGGCUUCAUGUAAAAGAAGGAGUUGGUGGAAAGACCACUGUCCGGACAAAAUUCUCAUCCAAGCAUCAUGUUAGUUUUAAACCGACCAAAGGAUUGCAUUCCUGUCUUAUCAAAUUUCAUUUUAUACUCACAUUUUAUAGCGAGUUGUUAGUAACUGUGUCGAUUGUUGUCAAUGUUAAACAUUUAUUUUCUUUAAAAACAAAAGUAUGAUAUGCAAAGAUCUAAUUUCAUGAACCGUAGACUAGCAAGAGAUAUGUAUUUCUGAAAGACCUUGCUUGAGUUCACAAAGCAUUCUCAAACUUAAGUUAAGAAUUUACUCAACUUUCAAUCACUGUUUACGAGAAAUAUCUUUGAUCCAAAAGCACAAAACUUUGCAUAUACAUGUAGUUUCUUAUUGAUGUAUUUGAUACAUUAAUAUAACGAACCUGCUUUGAUGACAACGUUAAAUAGCCUAACAGAAUAUUUACUGAAACUCUUUAACAGUACUUGGAAAUAUAUAGGUCACAGUAUAUAUACUUAUGACCCAAUUUAACAUUUUUGAGGGGAAAUUAUAACUUGUAAAUUUUAUUUCAUGUUCUACAAUCAAAGUAACAGGGAUGACACCAUGAAUUGGUCAAAUUCAAUCAAACUAGAAGAACUUCUAGCAUGCUCAAGUACAUAUGAAUAUUCUCAUUACUCUACUUUAUAUCAUUAAAUUUACUAUUAAGUGCAAUAAUAUAAUUGAAAGUGCUACAAUACAGAAAGUGUUAAGUGCCAUCUUUAAUUUCUAUAAUCUAUAUGUAUUAAUAAGUUAUAAUAUGUUUACUAGUCAUUAUGAUAAUUAAUUACUAUAUCAUGACAUUUCUUACAUGAAUUUUAGAUGAUAGGUUAAAAACAUUAUUUUGUCAGAUUUGAUUGAAACAAGAAUUUGUUAUAUACACAUUUUUUAUAAAAACAAUUCCUUGAAACGAAAUAUAAAGAAUUUGUCUUGUAAUUAUAUUUUAUAGAAAUGUGGCCUGUUCAUAAAUGUUUAACAUCCUAAUUUUGAUAAAUAUCAUUGGUGGUUACAAUUUGUAAGAUUUAUAAACAUUUGUGGCCAAUACAGAAGAUGUUCUUUAAAAUAUGGUUACAAUUUGUAAGAUUCGUAAAGAAUUUUGACCAAUAGAGAAGUUAUCCUUUAACAAAAGGAAAUCCAAGUUUUGUAUCUGAAGAGGAUGUGAUUAUAUUUGUUUUUGUAAAAUCAGUACAUGAAUCCUCGAUAACUGAGUCUAAAUACAACUUGAAUAAAAUAAUACCAAUAUUAGUUAGUGUGACUGUCCUACAUGGGACAUUACCCCCAGUCUAUGUUUUCUUUUAUAUUAAGCUCCUUUGUUAUUGUCAGGUCAAUUUUUUUGAAUAAGAUAAAAUACUCUGGGCUUGAGUCAGCUUUCAUAUUUAAAUGGCUAGACAAUUGAACAGAUAUUGGCAGUUUGUCACAUAUUUAACACAAAAGUUAAAUUAUAUGAGUAUUAGUGUUAUUAUUUAUCUGAAUUCGUGUACCAUUAUUUUGAUUGUUCGACUUAAGUAUUAUAAAUGUGAUGUCUCUAGGCUUCGAUUGCCUCUAGUUGGUGUAGGUCUUACCAGUUUACAAAAGAAAUGAAAUGAAAUGGGGUUUAACGCCCUACUGUUCUGCUCCGGCUGGGCUAAUGGAAACAGGCAUAUGCCAUACAGUGUGCUAUGAGGGAAAUUUUGCCCAGGCAGCUGCACUAUGGUCUACUCUUAUAUCGAAUUUCAAUUGGCAAGGGAUCUUUUAUGUACACACCAAUGAAAACAAAGGACCUCGGUUUUUUGUCCCAUCUGAAUGACUUGACAGCUGUCUGUGUCAGGCCCUCCGCCCUGCACCACUGACAAGGGAAACGACGUCGGAAAGUUUACAAAGGAGGAAGCAUUAGAGGUCCCUAAAUGAAAUUUUGACCGAAUGAUGUAGUAGACCAUUUAUGUUUAUCGUUUGUUUUGUUCUCGACUGCUCUAUAGAUGUCUACCAUAAAUCCAUGCACACCGUGUGUAGAGUUCGACUAAAAUAAAAAUUUCAUUGGCUAAUCUUCAAAGUCGAACAUAAUACUGAUUAUAUAAAAUUUCUCCUAGAUCCUUCUGUCUAGAAGACAAAACAAAGUUUGAACUAUAAAAUACAAAACAAAAUAAGAUCUAUGGUUUAAUCAGAUUGCUAAAAAUGUUUACUUUUUGUAAAACAUCUGAUACCACUUCUCAUUUAUCAUUAAAGUUCUAUUAAUAAUGAUCAGUAGAUAAUUUCACUAAAUUAAAUUUUUGUCUGAUAAAUUGUAAGAUUAUUUUGAUAAACCUAAAUCUAGUGUAAACAUGAGAAUUGAUUGAGCUCAAAUAAAAUAUGUUGCAAAUUGUUUACAUUCUCAUAAGCCAAUCUGUUCACCUACUAGCUAGUUUCCUACCUCCAGAUGCAUGAUAGAAUCAUUUUAUUUCUGUUACUGACAUCUUUGUAGAAUAUCAGUAAUCAGACUAGCCCAGUGAGCAUGUUAAAUCCUUUACUUUUAUCCAUAUCAAAGUCUAUAAGUACCUCAGUACCGUAACUCAAAAUAAAAUUUACUGCAGGACAGUUUUAUUCAUUAACUGUAGAAUACUCUAUGGAAGUGAGUAAUGAAUUAAGAGAUAUUGUAUGAUAUUUAUGGGUAUAUUGUCUUAUAAGUCUAUCAGCAUAUUUAUGAGUAAAAUGUUGAUUAUUUUCACCAGUAGUUUAUGUUAUUAUAUACAUUAUAUAUAGCUAAUACCAAUUAAUAUCUAUGGUAUAGGACAAAUAACCCAUUUUAUUGUGAAAACAUAGGCCUUGAUCAACAAUUGUAGUAUGUAGAACAGCAACUCUUGAUUUUCUUAUUCUCUUUUAUAUUGUCUGUGUUUAAAUAUUUAUCACAGGCCAGUAUAAUAAGAUAUGUUUGCUUCUGAUGGCAUGAUCAGGAGUUCAGUAGACAAAUAAAAAAGGUGAAUCAAUUUUUGAAAUUGUGACGUGAGCACCUAAGAUAAUAAAACCACUUGUAUUUCGCAAACUGUAAACUGUGUCAAUAUUUUGGAAAAUUGUUUAGUGAUCGUCUUAAAUACACAUGAACUGAUUAAUAAAUUACUAACUUCAUAUAUAAAACAAAUUUUGGUGCAUGAUGUAAUAUUAAUGUCUACGUACUAAAGGACAAUAUACAAUUUAAAGGAUCCGUAAUAGGGAUGUAUUCAACAAAAUAGUGUUGUACCAUGUUGUACAAAGAAAUUUGAAAAGGGACCAAACAAAGCAUUUAAAAUUAAUUAUUCACUGUAAAUUAUUUGUAUUAAAUUAUAUAAUUGUUGUAUUAAUGAAAGAAUUACAGUAUGUUGUUUUUUUAAAAAAACACAAUCUUAGUGUGUAUGUAAAAUAAACUAGGGUCAUAAUCAUGUAUAUGUCAUAGUAUAUUAAAAUAUAUUCAUAAUAUAAUUAGAAGUUAGAAAUAGAUAUAAAUUCACAUUUGUAUUAUAAUAAUCAUAUCACUAUAGAUAAAUUUGUUUAUUGUUAUAGAUACAUUUUACGGCUAACAGUGGUUAGCUACUUGUGAAUAGAGAUAGAAUUAUUUGGAGAUUGAUAACAUUUGAUAAGCAAUUUCAGGUAACAGUGUAAUCGAAUUUGUAAUCAAUUGUGAUUUCACUCUAAAGCUUCCACCACCAGCCCUAUAGUGAGUGAAGUUCUGGUAUAUGAGCGGUUAUCCAUGUACAAACCUAACCCCUCCCAUGCUCCAAUGAACCCAGUAAAGCUCUUGAGCGUGAUUUGCAUUUUUGAGAUAAUAUCCAAUUUCUCACAACUUAACUGAGAUUUAACUGAUAUUCUUAUUGGAAAUUCAACUUUUUACAAUAUUAUAGUUUGCAAGGUAUUCCUAUAUAGCUCAAAUCACACUCCGGGACUUCAGGUGAGUUCUCUGCUGCAUGUAUGCUAUAACGCAAUUGAAAAUUCACUGGGUUUUUUUUUUACUAUUGACGAACAUAAACAAGGAAUGUUGUUUAUUGAUUAUAAUUGUCAAUGAUAAAUUCGAUGAAAGAAUCUGUAUAUUAUACAAGUACAUCUAUGGGAUAUGGAGUAUGUCAGUAUAUAUAUUAUAUAGGAAAAUAUGUGGCUAAUUGUAGGUGGUAGACAUGUUGAAUUGGCUUUAUAUACCUUACAUGACUCACACACUAAUCUAUAGAAUAAAAACCACAACUAAAUACAAUGUGAUGAUGUACCAUUGUAUUGUUCAUAUUCACUAAAUCUAUCAAAAAAGUCUCAACUAUUAAAUUUUGUUAUGAAAGAAAUAAGAAACUCCUUUUUUGAGACCGUUAUCAUAGUUACAAAUCUCUCAUGUCAAAUUUCAAUGAUCAGGUAAUAAAAUUUUUACAUCACAAUCAAUUUAAUAACAUGUAUCAAGUCACAAAAAUAUAUCUUUUUCUAAAUAAUGUUUUUGUGUUGCAACAAAAUGCACAUAAUAUGCUUUUUUCAUAUUUUUCAAAAGAAAUGUACUUUCAUAUUUGAUUGUGAUUAGUAUAAGAUGCGCAUACAAAUUAACCAUUUAUCUAUUUCAAUCAUUAUUUUUUUCUUGACAAAAUGUAAAAUGGCUUGUCGGAAUCCCAUUCAUGACAUAAACUAAAAGCAAAUCUAUUAUUUAACACUGUCCAAACAAGGAAUUAAUGCAUCAUGAACUUAUUAUGACCUGAAGGGAGUCAACAUUAAUACAGGUCCAUGAAUGGGUAGUUUCUUGAACAAACAUUCCUUUAGUAUGGCUAGAUUUGUUUUUGUGGUUUUGAUGCAUGGUGUUGAGAUAUAUUCCACUUUUAGCCCAAAUUUGAAUUAAAAUUAGUUAACAAGUUAGAAACAAAACUCAAUAGAGCUUGAAACAAAUUUAUAACUUGCUGCCCCAUCACUAAAUGAAAUGUCAAAAAUUAAAUCAACACUUUAUUUUUGACAAAAUUAAAGGGGUGUAGCACCUUUAAGAAAACUAAAGCAAGACUUCAAAAUUUGUGUUAAUUUUUGCAUAUAAAGAAAAUUGGUCUCAUAUUUAAACUUUGGAUAUUAUAAACAAGUUCAGAAAAUAGUUAUAACUAAAUUUACCAGUUUGUAUAUAUUCAAAUGCCAUCUGUGAUCAUUCAUCAUUGGUUGUCUAGAAUCAUAAAUACUCAUAUAUUAUUAUAUAAUUCUUUAUAUAUAUAUAUAUCAACCUCUCAAAUUAAUCAAGUUGUGCGCAUUUAUUAUAAUACAAAUAUUUUCUAAUAUUUUAUGUAAAAUGACAUUAUCUCAUAAUUUGGAUAUAUGGUGUAUUCCAUGUAGUGAGUUUUGUGGAUUUUGGUGUGAAUAUGGAUACUAUUUUGGUGUGAAUAUGGAUAUUUAUACUGUUUUGGUGUGAAUAUUAUGGAUAUUUAUACUGUUUUGGUGUGAAUAUGGAUAUUUAUACUAUUUAGGUGUGAAUAUGGAUAUUUAUACUGUUUUGGUGUGAAUAUAUGGAUAUACCAAUUUAGUAUUUAUCUACCCGAUCUCAUCAGAAUUACAAGUAGAAAUUACUAAACAAUACGGUUACUUAACUUCACUAUUGAAUCUUCUAGGAUAGCCAUGUAUUUGGUCAAUCUGAUUAAAACACAUAUCUUAUUUCGUUUCUUUUUUUUAUAUUCAAAAUUUCGUUUUACUUGUCUUUACUACUAGGAUCUGGAAGAGUUGCUAUAUAACCCGUGUUCUGGAUGAUGUGAGGGAUUAACCAGUUGCACAGAACUGUGGGUAAUCCACUAUAAACAUCAACGCUGAUUGGUUAAUCAAAUAUCUGACAUCAUUGGAUCAAAAGCCACUUGUAUGACCUCUGACACGGCCUCACACUACAACUGGUCAGAUCUUCAUGUAGUAGAGGCCAUAAUAAAACGAAACAAAAUAUAGAUCUGUAUUUUGAUCAGAUUGUGUAAUUGGUUUAAUGCAGAUAAUAUCUUUUAAAGCCAAAUAGAUAAUUGUCAGUUAUAAAGCUGUUUUGUUAUAUUAGAUUCAACACAGUAUAUAUUGUUAUUGUAUUUUGUAGAACUGGUUGUAUCAUUAAUUUUACUAUGUUAUGUCAAAUUUUUACAGCUCAAGCAAGUAAAAUGUCUUGUAUGAAA